GUCACGUCAACUUAACGAAAGUCCAAACCAUGCCAUGCUGUUGCAGUGUAGUAGAAGGCAAUGAGAGGCUCCUGGUGUGUUCGCGCCGCUCGUAGUGCAACAGCUGCUCUAGUGUGUUUAUGAAGAGCAAAGUAAUGGAGCGGUUUAAAGAGACGCGUCUCGUAGUGUGUUUGCUGCUCUUUCUGACGCUGAGCGUGGAUUUGGGAUUCGCCUUCGUACAGAAUAAGGACACCGAGUUCACUUUCCUUCUUCCUGCCGGAGCAACCGAGUGCUUCUUCCAAACAGCCACUCAGAACGGCAGCAUGGACGUGGAGUACCAGGUCAUUGCAGGCUCAGGGCUGGACAUCGGCUUCACUCUGAUCUCCCCGCAUGGGUACAGACUGGUCUCCGACUUCAGAAAAUCAGACGGCAUACACACGGUGGACCCCACUGAGGAGGGCGACUACAAGAUUUGCUUUGACAACAGCUUUAGCCAUAUUUCAGACAAGAUGGUGUAUGUGGAGGUGAUCGUGGAUGGACCAGAGGAGGAGGAUGAGGAUGAUGAAGACUGGGCUGCCCUGGCUGAACCAGAGGACUCGCUGGAGUACAAACUGGAGGAUAUCAGGGACUCAAUGGACGCUGUGCACAAGAACCUGGAGCGAAGCUGGCAGCUGCAGACGAUGCUGCGGGUGUUCGAGGCUCGUGACCGUUACCUGCUGGAGGAUAACCUGUGGCGGGUUUCUUUCUGGUCCAGCGUCAGUCUGCUGGUCAUGGUCAGCGUGGCCCUCACCCAGGUCUACACUUUACGCAGAUUAUUCAGUGACAAACACAGAGUUCGCACAUAGCAGAGAUGAACUGGAGAGAAGAUGCUAUAACACUUUGUGCACUGUUAACAAAACGUACAAACGUAAUGGGUCCUGGAAAUGAAGACAUGCAGAAACUCUCAGGUCCACAAAAUAUCUCUCUAGUUUAUGUCAGAAUUUAAGUGUUUAGAGCUAUCAAUGAAUCUGAAAUCUUGGAGCUUGACCAUGUACCAUUUCUCACAUUUAAUGAUAAAGCAUUUUCUUUAGAGCGCUAACACUGCUGAACACUAAAUAUACUUGAAGUACUUUAGGAACAUUUGAAUGUAAUUUUGUACUCUGCUUUUAAAAUAUUGUGAUUAAAAUAAUUUGAGUUUUUUUAAAUAAAUAACAAUAAGAUUAACAUUUCUUAUGGAUUUAUAUGGCAGUAAAAUAAAAAUCCAAGGGACUGUUUUGCUUUGAAUGGUUUUAUUAUACAGCACAUUAGCAUCUCAUUUGGAACAAAUGCAGCUGUCGUAUGUGGCAUAGCAAGUGCAAAUGCAAAAUGAAUUUAAAAACUCAUCUGGGUUAUUUGUUACAUUUGUAAAUCAGUUGCUGACUGCAUUGAACUGAGUUAUUACUGUAUUGUGGGAAUCAGAAAUCAGAUUGUUUUAUAACAAUACUUUCAAAAUUGUUGCCAUUCAUCUUUGUUUCUACAAGUUAAUCUUUAGGUUAAUUAAUUUUCAGUAUUUCUUAUAUUCUUCCAUCACCAUGCAACAAUCUACAAGUAUUUUCAUUAAACAAGAAGCCUAGUAAAAA